AUGAUCCGGGUGUGGAGGGUAUCGGGUGAAGAGUUGGCUUCUAUACCGCUGGAAGAGGUGGGGAAUGUACGGCUCCUGAAACAGCGCUUGGAGGAGUCUUGUGGCGUUCCAAGAUUCCGGCAAAGGCUCCUGAACAGCGGCGCUUACUUGUUUGACGGCGCUUGUCUGGACACCCCCAUGGAUUUGCAGCUGGUCUUGCUGCCGUUCUUGCAGCAGCAAUCGAGGGAGCUUUGUGACGCUGCUUCUGCAGGCUCUGCAUGGCUUGUGGAAGAGCUGCUGCAAGACCAGCACGAUCCCAACUCGGCCGGGAAUGUGGGCCUUUCCCCCCUUUACGUCGCAGCUUCAUGGGGCCAUGUGGAGACAGUGCAGUUGCUCCUAGAGGCCCAUAGCGACGUAGACCACGAAGACAUGUACGGCAAGACGCCGCUCUUCGCAGCAUCCCGGCAUGGACACACGGAGGUCGUUAGUUUGCUGCUCGAGGCGGACGCAGACACAGACCGGAUCAACAACUGUGGAGAAACUGCCCUCUUCAUGGCAUCACUGAACUGCCAUGUUGAGAUCGUGCGCUUGUUGCUCGGUGCCCGUGCUGACGUUGACAAGCACAGAUGUUGUCGCAACUACUGGCACCUGCCGGCCCUCUGGGCGGCAUCUCGCAAGGGCCAUAGCGAGGUUGUACGACUGCUGCUGGAGGCAGGAGCUGGCAACGAUCCGUGCACCGGCUUUGGGCAGGCCCUCUCUGCUGCUAUCCUCGCUGGCCACACUGAAGUUGUGGGACUGCUUCAAGAGGCAGGAAGUGCCGAAGAUGAGAGGGGUCGCAACUUCAGAGCAGUGGCUCUCUGCGAAGCAUCCCACACGGGUCAGAUACAUUUUGUGUCCCAUCUUUUGAAGUCUGGCUUUCAUCCGAGUCACAGUGCUUAUCGCGGUGACGUGCCACUGUGUGCAGCUGCUCGACGUGGCUUCGUUGACAUCGUGCGCUUGCUGCUCCAGGCCCGUGCUGACAAGGAUCAAGCGACCAAACGGCGCCAGACGCCUCUAAUGGAAGCAGCGCGCAAUGGGCACGCGACGGUUGUGCGUAUGCUGCUAGAGGUCCAGGCUGACAUGAGCCAAGUCAACAAACAUGGGGAGGGCCUUCUGUGGGAGCCAUGUCGAAAUGGCCAUACACAGGUUGUGCAACUGCUUCUGGAUGCCAGAGCUGAUACAAGCCGUGUGAACACUCGCGGCGAAAAUGUUCUUUGGGCAGCGUGUAAUAUUGGAAGCGUUUGUAUUGCUCAGUUGUUGCUGGACGUCGGCGUGGAUACUAGUCAAGUUAACGUGCGUCGCAAAACCGUGCUUUGGGAGGCAUCUCGCAAUGGCUGCGAAGAAAUUGUGCGAGUACUCUUGGAGUCUAGUCCUGAUCCAAGCCAAGUUGACAGUCGAGGUGAAACACCUCUUUGGGAGGCAUGCCGUUGCCAUCACAUGGAUGUCCUGUGCUUGCUAUUAGUCGCUGGCUACUCCGUACACGACGCAAACAAAUACGGUGCAACGCUUCUUUGUGAGGCAUGCAGGAAUGGACAUGAAGAUAUCGCUCGCCUGUUGCUUGGCGCGCGCGCAAGGCUGGAGCAACGAAACCGGCGCGGAGAAACUCCACUGUGGCUGGCAUGUAAAAGCGGACACGCAGAUGUCGCAUGCCUAUUGCUCCGGGCCAACGCUGACAGCUGCAAAAGCGACAAGUUUGGACAGACACCUGUAUCAGCCGCGCAGCAGGGGGGCCACAAGGCAGUUGCGCGUCUGCUGCACGAGGCUUUGGCCACCAGGCGCGAAGCCCGGAAGCGACGCAAAGUUGAGACCUCGGAGCCACGGAAAUGUCGGCGCCGUCUUUCAGCAGAAGCGGGCCGCUGA